UGGGUCUAAUAGGUUUUAAAACUUUAAUUAAUGAUUUAAUUAAUGAUUUCUUUAUAAGAGACUCCGAGACCUGAUAUUAGGCCAAUAGUAUUCUGGAAUGAAGGACCAGAUAGUAUAUUGUCAUGAAUAAAUCUAGCAUACAUGUACUCUGUUAUUUGAAUAAAGUGGUAGUCAGCAUAGUAUCUGCUGAAAUGACCUAGAUUAACUUCAAAGUUUCUGUAGAGCCAGGUGAGUGAUACAGGCCCAUUGGGCCUCUUGUUAUUAUUGUUCUAAAAGUUAUUCACAAAGUAUUCUCGACUGGCAAAUGUAGGAAGUGUAUUUAUAUAUAUACAGUAAGUUAAGCUAAGUUUAACUCCCAGAAUACAUGUAGGUAAUAUUUCAUUUGGUGAGCUGAGGCCAUUUGUCUUCUUAAUAACUAUCAUACAAGUUGAGCCCAAUAAUCUGGUUCAAAACAAUCUUAUGGUCAAGCUGAGAUCUAGAGUCUUGUAUAAAGGUCAGAAUUAGCACAUUCAAGUUACAAUAGUAUCACAUACAUACUUUACAAUGGUAAGUUACAAAUACCAUGUUGAGGAAAGAAUAUAUCUUUAACAGUCAAGUUAAUUAGAAAAAAAAAUGUUCUUAAUAAUGAAUUAAAGAUUUAGGUCCAUGCAAAUAGAACAUAUAGAGAGACUCUCACUUACAUUGAGGCUACUUGAGGGAGCCAGGCUGGUAGAAUCCCAACCUGAAGUCCUACCUGAACAGGUACACACAGUGUCCAGCAGCUCCUCUAACGACUCGGACAGACAGAUGACCCUAGGCUCUGACAACAAUACACAGAAUUUAGUAGAAGAAAAUUGUCAUAUUCAAACUGAUUCUCUGAAUGGUGAAGGAACAGAAAUGAUAACUGAGAGUGAUGAAGAGGACGUUGCUCUAGAGCCAUGGUUAUCGUUUGAGGACCCUCGGACAGGCAUGAUUGGCUACAGUAGUGAGUCUGACAUAGACCAGAUCAGUGAGGAUGAGGAUGAUGUUAUUCCACCUUCUAGAAUGGAAGAUGUUGAAUUCUGGGAUAUUUUUUCCUGCGAUGAGAAUAACCUAUCCACUACAGAACCGUUGGCAGUGCCAGCCAUUGGGGCCCAUGCCAAACACCCAGACAUGAAACUUUGUGUAGUGAAGCUAUUCAGAAACAAGAUAUUGGACGUACAGUGUGGACCUAGUGGUGUUAAAUAUGAUGUAUUUUCAUGAACAUUAAGUCAGAGGAAUGCGGUUUAGUGUAGGUAAAUUUUAUCAUGCAUUAGGGUGUUAUUUUCCUUGUACUUUCUUUUGUCUGACUUUCAGUACUACAGAUUAUGAGCCAGUAUCGACAAAAUAGUCACAUGGUACAUUACAUUAUUUGACUUAAAUUUAAUGCUAAUGGUUUAAAUAUACAUAUGCAGUUUUUAGCUCACCUGGCCCGAAGGGCCGGUGAGCUUAUGCCAUGGUGCAGCGUCCGU